CCUCGCCCAGAGUCGCUGCGGUUUCCUGCUUCAACAGUGCUUGAACGGAACCGGUGCUCGACCCCUCCGACCCCCGCCGGCCGCUUCGAGCCUGAGCCCUUUGCAACUUCGUCGCUCCGCCGCUCCAGCGUCGCCACUGCGCCUCGCCCCGCCGCCACCAUGACCACCGCAUCUCCCUCGCAAGUGCGCCAGAACUACCACCAGGACGCGGAGGCUGCCAUCAACCGCCAGAUCAACCUGGAGUUGUAUGCCUCCUACGUCUAUCUGUCUAUGUCUUGUUAUUUUGACCGAGAUGAUGUGGCUCUGAAGAACUUUGCCAAAUACUUUCUCCACCAAUCUCAUGAGGAGAGGGAGCAUGCUGAGAAACUGAUGAAGCUGCAGAACCAGCGAGGUGGCCGAAUCUUCCUGCAGGAUAUAAAGAAACCUGACCGUGAUGACUGGGAGAGCGGGCUGAAUGCAAUGGAGUGUGCACUGCACUUGGAAAAGAGUGUGAAUCAGUCACUACUGGAACUGCACAAACUGGCUACUGACAAGAAUGAUCCCCACUUAUGUGACUUCAUUGAGACGUAUUACCUGAAUGAACAGGUGAAAUCCAUUAAAGAACUGGGUGACCACGUGACCAAGUUACGCAAGAUGGGCGCCCCUGAAUCUGGCAUGGCAGAAUAUCUCUUUGACAAGCACACCCUGGGACACAGUAAUGAGAGUUAAGCUGACUCCCCCAAAGCCACGUGACUUUACUGGUCACCGAGGCAGUGCAUGCAUGUCAAGCUGCCUUUAUCUUUUCUAUAAGUUGCACCAAAACAUCUGCUUAAGUUCUUUAAUUUGUACCAUUUCUUCAAAUAAAGAAUUUUGGUACCCA